GAGAACAGUUAAAAGUGCCCGGCGAAUCAGAUACUGCGCCAGUGUUGGCACAUAAGUGCUAUAUCGCGCACUGCGUGGACCAGCACUCACGGCCACACGCGUUAGCACAACCGGUCUGCAUUGCGUCGAACCCCUCCCCCAUCCCACUCCACGGCUCUCCUACUGUCCUACCCCCCUCUCUCUCUUACUCUCUCUCCCAUGUGCAAUACAGUGCAACAAUAUGUUGAGCAUGAUUAAGGAAUUAUUCCUUCUCCCUGAUCGAUUCGCCCCCUUUAAGAAGCCUUUCGCCUCUAUAGCCCCAUGUCAGUGUGUCCGGAUAAAACCGACCGCUCGUCAUCUUGUCUACUCGUAAGAGGGAAAUUUUGCUGAUGCAGUGAUGUCUGGAAAUGGUAUGGUUCGCUUUUGCCCCCUUAAUGUAUCUCCCGCCUGAGCUGAGCUGCAGCAUUACUGUUUCUCAUGCAGCAUAAGCCAUUUACGCCGAGGUGCCGCCGCGCGAGCACGAGCGCAUGGGAGGACGUUGCGGCUUCGCGUUGUUUUUCAUCCUCUCUUUAUGAUUUUUGUCUUUUAGCACUACCCGUUUAUACUGAAUGUGACUAUUUUUCCAAGCGAUUUUUUAUUUUAUCAUAGCAUCUUCGGAAGAAUGUUUUUAAUAAUCACUAUGGAUGUGAGGUAUAUGUGCCGCGUGGACCGCAACAAAACAGUUACAGAAAGUACGAAGAUGUGAAGAUUAAUUUGAAAAGAAAUUUAUACAGCAAACCCCGCAUUCCUUCAGUUACGAGAGGCGGCCGUAGCGGAUGCAGCUGAGAGGAGCGAUGACAACCGCAGUGGGGCCACGCUGAGGAAAGAUCAAGUUAAACCCUACCCAGGGAUACCCAAGAUCAUUUCGAGAAAGGGAGAAAAGCAGCACCCCUGGGAGGGCGAUUGGAUGUCUGCUCAAUUAAAUUAACUGGGAUUCCUGCAGAGCUGCGACUUUGACCUGCAGGAUGACAGUCGUGGCCGGGGACCACAUGGACGAGACUUCUGCCGUGCCGGGGCAUCCGCAGGACACGUACCCCCCUGAACAUGAUGAUCACGAAUGCUGCGAAAGGGUGGUCAUCAAUAUAGCCGGUCUGCGCUUUGAGACGCAGCUCAAAACUCUCGCCCAGUUUCCAGAGACUUUGUUAGGUAACCCAAAGAAAAGGAUGCGGUAUUUCGACCCAUUGAGAAAUGAGUAUUUCUUUGACAGAAAUCGUCCGAGUUUCGAUGCCAUUCUCUACUAUUAUCAGUCCGGGGGGAGGUUAAGGAGGCCGGCGAACGUCCCGUUGGAUAUGUUCUCGGAGGAGAUUAAGUUCUAUGAACUUGGCGCAGAGGCGAUGGAAAGGUUCCGUGAAGACGAGGGCUUCAUCCGCGAGGAAGAGAGGCCUUUACCGGAGAAAGAGUUUCAAAAGCAGAUAUGGCUUCUGUUUGAGCACCCCGAGAGCUCGGGACCGGCCAGAGGAAUCGCUAUUGUUUCUGUUAUGGUCAUUUUGAUAUCCAUUGUCAUUUUCUGUUUGGAGACCUUACCUGAACUGAAAGCGGACCCGAGGGGACGCGAACAAAUCAUAGGCAACACCACCUUUUACUACAAACCAAACAUCCUAGCUGAUCCCUUCUUCAUUAUAGAGACCCUCUGUAUAAUCUGGUUCUCCUUUGAAUUGAUAGUGCGGUUUCUUGCGUGCCCGAGCAAAGCGGCCUUCUUUAAGAACAUGAUGAACACCAUUGACAUCGUGGCCAUCAUACCCUAUUUCAUCACACUGGGCACCGAGUUAGCAGAAGAUCCUAAUGGGAAAGAAGGAAAGGGGGAGCAGGCAACAUCGCUGGCCAUCCUCAGGGUGAUUCGUCUGGUCAGGGUGUUUAGAAUCUUUAAGCUGUCCAGGCACUCGAAAGGCCUUCAGAUUUUAGGGCAGACCCUAAAGGCCAGUAUGCGGGAGCUUGGAUUGCUCAUUUUCUUUCUCUUCAUCGGUGUCAUACUGUUCUCCAGCGCUGUCUAUUUUGCAGAGGCCGAAGAAAGAGAGUCCCAUUUCAGCAGCAUCCCAGAUGCCUUCUGGUGGGCUGUCGUAUCCAUGACCACCGUGGGCUACGGGGACAUGGUGCCGGUUACCAUAGGGGGCAAGAUUGUGGGUUCCCUGUGUGCCAUCGCCGGCGUGCUGACCAUUGCUCUUCCCGUGCCUGUAAUCGUAUCCAACUUUAACUAUUUCUACCACAGGGAAACCGAAGGCGAGGAGCAAGCGCAGCUCCUCACAGUGAGCAAUCCUAACCUUGCAUCCGAUUCCAACUCGAGCCGCCGCAGCUCCUCCACCGUCAGCAAGUCCGAGUACAUGGAGAUAGACGGAGACAUAAACAACAGCAUUGACAACUUCAGAGAAGCCAAUCUCAGAACUGGAAACUGCACUAUCGCUAAUCAGAACUGUGUUAACAAAAGUAAGCUGCUAACCGACGUCUAGAGCUCAGAAUGCGAGUGUGGGACAGUUGAAGAUUCACUCACAUACGAAUGCUUACCUUACCUCCUCUUGUGUGAGCCCUUGCAAUGCGAAAAUCUCUACAAUGCAGACGAAAGCAAAAUAACAGACCAAAACAGUUAGUCCAAUACAUUUUCAAAGAGGAUGAUGCAAAAAAAAAACACAGACGCACACCCAGCUAAUGUCCGCAGGCAUUGAAGGACUCGUGACGGCUGCCCCUCGCAGACGACUCUCAUGUGAUUAUAAAACCAUCACGCAUGGACUGCAGAUUACAUUUCGGCUGCACGCUGCAUCUUGGAAAGAUGUGCAGAGACAUCUGCAGCGUUUGGUGGACGCCUCGUGGAUAGGUGGUCUUCGAUAUCAACUGACCAGCAAAGCACCUUAUGAACAAGACGUAUCUCCUGCUGGGAUGCUACGGAGGCCAAGGUCAUCGGCCCAUGGACAUCCGCAUUGCUGCUAUUUUCCAGCAGAUGCUGUAAUUUAGAUAUCACCAAGUGAUCAAUUGCCAUGCCCUUUAGAUAUAAGACAGCACAAUGCCGAAAGAAGAGCCUCACAGUUAGCAUGUUUAGAUUAUCCUCAUUUUGAUAUUGGCAUGCCUGACGCAUUACCUCAUGACGAUAGGACAUUUGUUCCUAUUUUGGUUUUCUUUCGUUUUCUUUCUUUUCCAUCAGCCUCUCUCUCUCUCUCUCAUCCCUCCAUCUAUAACCUUUCAUUUGCUGCCAUGAAAAGUGCACUAGUGUGUCAUGAUUUGAGAUGUUUAUUAUUUCAAUGUAUUUAAAAAACUGAAUGUUUAACCUAACGGGAAACAGAAUCUUAACGAUAUCAUAGCAUGUCAAAAGAAACUGCAUUAUGGCCUAAUCGACUAAGGUACUGUGUAUCCUAGUAUAUUUAAUGCAUGCCAUCGGUAUAAUACAGCUUGUUGCAAAUAAGAUACCUCAUAAGGGUGUCGUCGUUGCGAUCAGGGAAACCGAGGGAGCGCGAUUCCCGACUUUUUCUGAAAUGUGACAAAAUAUAUAUGCAAGCCCCAAUGCCGGGAUGCAAACUUUUCGAUCUAAAACGUAGACAAAGACGCAGAAAAAUUUGCUAUCGAGAUACUAUCGAAAUGCAUAUAAUCAUACAAAAAGCGCACCUGUUAGAAAUGACUUUAACUUAGUGCAUGGGCAUCCUCUCGAAAAGAAAACAGCAGGCAGUUAUAGACUUCAUGCUUCCAUUUUGCAAUCGAAUUUAGGACAUUAUGGAUCAUUUUCAGAUUGCUUCAUUUAGCAGGAUGCUAAAGAAAACACGCCAGAGUUACUCAUAUUAGUUGCUAGUGCCUUUAACCCUCUCAGCAACCCGACAGAUGAAAAGUGCCUCUGAUUGAGUUUUAGGCAGGCAAGCGGACUGUCAUAAUGUAUGUUGAGGCUGUAAACCGAGUGCAUUUCAUUUUUGCUUUCUUUAUUUCAUUAACGUGAAACGUCAGGCACAAAAUCGCCAUUUUCAUGCGACGGCCGAGCUUGAAUACGAAAACGAAGACGUUCAAACGAGGGAACGUUUUAGAGUUUCGAAUCUGCCUUUGUUCGCGGUUUAAUUAAGUUGUGCCAUAAUAAAAAGUCUACCUCAGUGAGGUUACCGCACAGCUCACUGCAGAGCAGAAUAUCACAGCCUGUGAAGUGUGAUACAGAUGUUAGAAAUAAUACACUUACAGUACCCCAGAAUCAGCCUUUUUUCGAAGCACUUAAAACAUAUGCUACAAUGCAACCACCGCUGACCCUCGCAUCGGUAACGCUUCCAUGCUAAGCACAAUCAACAGUUAUUUCGGUUUGUUUUUGUCCCUUUUCAAGACAGACAUACGUGACGCGAGAGAUAACAGCACAGACUUUCCUAUACCACAGGGUAUGUCAUAGUAAAUUAGGGUUUAUUUGGUUUUUCAAGUGCUAGACUGUGUUAGGCCAUCACCCUCCUUGAUGUAGUUAUCAAUAGGCUACCAGUGCAUUACAUUGCAUGUUGGUAAAUUUAAUGCAGACUUAAUUGAAUUUAUACACAUAGCGGAUGAUGUAAUGAGUAUUGAUGGAUUAAACAUUAAUGUGUAACCACGUGAUGAUGUUGAUGUAAACUGACUGGGCCAUUCUGAUGCAUAGGGCUCCUUCAUUUUAUAUUAAAUUGAAACAAUCGUUUUUAACAAAUCACUGUUUUAUGAAGUGAAAUGAGUGAAGUUAGUCUGCAGGACCGACCUAUAAACGAGUUUUCGGAUCAUGCGAUCUUUCAUAUUAAGAUCUUUCAUUGAGGUGUGAUUGUAAACUAAGGCAAACGGCAUUAUUUCACCUGUACUACUAUAUGAGUUUAAUAAUUUCUUUAGUCAGUUUUGUGCCAGCAAGCACUGUUCAGGGUUUUAUCCGUCAGUUUUUGUUUAUAAUUCAUACCAGUGCUUGUUUCAUUCUUAAUGCAAACUGAAAUGAAUGGGUCGAGUAAACAAAAAUCAAUGAUGUGUCAACCUUGAAACAUGCUUUAUAUUUUUUACGACAACAGCUCAGUAAUUUAACUGAAUAACGAAUUGUGAAUUGUUGUUAAACCCUAUGGUGCUAUGCAUAAUCUUAUAUAUAAAACAACUGUACCAUGAAUCAAAGCAAUUUCAGGAUUUACAGGAUUGUUCAUAAUACAUUUUUUGUUACCAUAUACCAAGGGCUGUGGCAAAUUCUAGAGAAAAUGCGGAUUUAAAGCUAUUAUCUUGCAAGAGGAAUGAUGAUGUGUUUGCAAAAUGUAUAAAUGUACUUUGGCUAUAACAGAAAAGCAAAACAUAACAGACAUCCAGUUCUCAGAAGUGUUGUCCAUUUCUCGCCUCCUUUAAAUCAAAUUAAGCUUUCAGAAGUUUCUUUAGUCUCUGAUCUGAGGUUUAUAUGCAGUAAAUGAUGGCUGGAGAUCAGUUCUGUCUCUAACAUGUCAAUCUAUAACAUGCACGUGUGUGUCAUACAUUUGCAUUAUUAAGAAUUUCCUAACAACAACAAAAUCAAAUUUUAUUUUUUAAAAAGCAAAAUGUAGAAAAUACACGUAAAAACUAUACAGUAAUACUUCAAGAAAGUGAUGUGCCAUCAUAUCCGUUACCCAAUGUAAAGGCAGGUUGUCAAAAAUGGAGGAAUUUUCCCAGGUUGUGGCCUUUUGAAGGAUGUUGCAAACAUACUUAUUUUUCUUCACCUGCGUGGCCUCGUCUAGCUAUAUUACCAUGUUGCGUUCAUAUGGCACUAUAGAUAACUGUGCUUUAAAGAACCCUCGAUAAAACUGCGGUAGACUCACGAAUGGGUCCGUAAGACAAGCCAUUACAAAUAUAUAGGUAGACUAUAGCUUGUUUUAUCGAUUUCAUGAAAUAAAAUACAAUAAACGGCAUUAGCAUCGAAAACGUACUGUACAUUGUACUUUUUGUAAUAACCAAACACCAUACCGCCAACCAAAACUCAACAGCAACCUAGCAAUUGCAAAAAUCUGCAUGGUGUAUGGAAGACUGCAUGUGCUUAGCCUUUCAAAACUGAGGAUCAAUUAUAUUCCGGUUGCAUCAUUUUUAAGCCCUUGCUGUCAUUCGUUCCUAAAGCCAUCUUCAUUAUUUAUGUUAUCUUUUGUUUGGAAAAGUUAUUUAAAGUACGGAGAUCAGAAUGUAUUGAGUAUGCUUGUUUAUUUAUUGGUGAUUUCCUGUUUGCUUUCUGGAUACUGAAUGAUAGAAAUCGCGGAUUGAGUAAUGUCAUGCUAGUGAUGCAUUUAAAAACAUUUAAUUCAGGAUCCAGGAUUGCCAUAAUACAGCCAAAAUAAAGUGCAGACCAUCUCAGCUACAGGGUUAUGUUAGGUGAUGGCUUCAUGUAAAUGUUUGUUUAAUUUACAUUUGGUAAAACCUCUCAUGUUUCUGUACGUUUUGUGUCUUCAUUAUCCCAAUUUUACGCUACAAUGUUUUAACUUGUCGUACAUUGACAACGGCAUGGUCUGUGAUCUAUGCAAGGGUUCUUUUGUUUAUUAUGUCAAAUAUGAUUUGAUCAUACAUCUAAAUCAAUAAAUUUUUAAUUAUCAGC